AGGUGUUUAAACUUCCUUUGGCGGUUUGGGGGUUUUUUGCAGAUGUUGUUUCCCCGAAGCGUUGGCUGGCAGAACUUACUGUAAUGUCAGAGACGGCAUAUGAGACGCGGCUUGCUUCAGCUGAAGAAGGAAAGGCACGACGGAGACUGUCCCAGUGGAGAAGCAGCUCUUGGAGUUCAGUGGAGGCAUUUAGUAGCCUCAGCCGUUCAGCGGCACUCAAUGCCUCCUUUCUUUUGUGAUAGUGCCACAUCUCUCUGUUCAGUUUUUCCUCUGUUUAAUUGCUCUGGUCUCUGUCCACUUUCACUCCCCAUCAUUUCCAUAUUAAUCUCAUCUGAGCUUACGCUUGGAAGGCUGUAACAUCAUCCAAAAUGGUUGCUGAUGGUGAUACAGCGUCUCAGGGCAGUGGUGUGCGGCUGAAGCAGGAGAUUUCCCUCCUUCAUGGGGUUUGUCUCAUUGUGGGAAAUAUGAUUGGCUCUGGCAUCUUUGUCUCGCCAAAGGGAGUCCUUAUGUACACCCGCUCAUUUGGGAUGUCCCUGGUAGUGUGGGCCAUCGGAGGGAUAUUCUCUGUGUUUGGAGCGUUAUGCUAUGCCGAGCUUGGUACCACCAUCCGUAAAUCUGGUGCCUCCUAUGCCUACAUCCUCGAAGCCUUUGGAGGUUUCCUGGCUUUUAUUCGACUGUGGACGUCCUUGAUGAUUGUAGAGCCGGCCUGUCAAGCAGUGAUAGCCCUGACCUUCUCAAACUACCUGGUCCAGCCUUUCUACCCCUCCUGUUCAGCCCCCUACGAUGCUGUCCGUCUUAUUGCUGCUGUCAUCAUAUGUAUUCUCACAGUUGUGAACUGCAUGAAAGUGAAAUGGGGUGCCAUCCUUCAGGUCAUCUCCACUUUCGCCAAGGUCCUAGCUCUAAUUGUUAUCAUCAUUGCCGGACUGGUUAAGUUGGGACAAGGUUUUGACCAGAAUUUUGAGGACUCGUUCAAAGACUCCAACCUGAACCCUGGUGAUAUGGCUCUGGCCCUUUAUUCAGCACUCUACUCAUACUCUGGCUGGGAUACACUCAACUUCAUUACAGAGGAGAUCAAGAACCCAGAGAGGAAUCUCCCCUUGUCCAUUGCUAUUUCCAUGCCCAUCGUCACAGUGAUCUACAUUUUGACCAACGUAGCUUACUACGUCGUCAUGGAUGUAGACAAAGUGCUCACCAGUGAAGCUGUUGCUGUGACAUUUGCAGAUGAGGUGCUGGGCUGGGCUCGUUGGUUGAUUCCUCUGUCUGUGGCAAUUUCCUGCUACGGAGGCCUCAACUCAUCAAUCAUUGCAGCCUCAAGAUUGUUUUUUGUUGGUUCCAGAGAAGGCCACCUACCUAAUAUCCUGUGCAUGAUCCACAUUAAACGUUUCACCCCAAUUCCUGCCCUGCUUUUCAAUGGUGCCAUGUCUCUGUUGUAUUUGUCUGUGCCAGAUGUUUUCCGGUUGAUAAACUACUUCAGUUUUAACUACUGGUUAUUCAUCGGCCUGUCAAUAGCCAGCCAGAUCUAUCUUCGCAUCACAGCUCCUGACAUGCACCGACCUGUUAAGCUGUCUUUGUUCUUCCCAAUAGUUUACUGCCUGUGCAGCUUAUUCCUGGUGGUGGUGCCCCUCUACAGCGACACAAUCAACUCUCUAGUGGGGAUUGCUGUGGCAGUGUCUGGAGCACCGAUCUACUUCGUUUGUGUUCACCUACCUCGCAGCUCCAGGCCAGCCUUCCUUGGCAAAAUGCUCAAUCAUCUUUGUCUGUACACCCAGAAACUGUGCAUGUGUUGUGUGGCCUCGCCAGAUAUUGAUCUGGACAACAUAGACCCAGAGAAGAUCGAGUGAUUGAGCGGCAAACAAGUCAGAGUGAAAUACUGUACGGAGGGAUGAAAGAGGAUGAAUGAAUACACAAAGGAAUCUGGGAGCGGCAGACAAUCAGGACUGGGAUGAACAUCGCCUGAACGAUUAAAGGAAAACGGAUGGAGAAAGUGGAGAGAUUAUUGCACCACGCCACUUGCCCUCCUCUUCUCUCACACACGUGCCAUAAAGAAGGAAGAAGCAGGAUUUUACUUAGAGACUGUACAUUACAGGCCUCCAACACACAAGACACACAGAUACACAUGCUAGAGCACAAACACAGUGCUGGUUGUUCAGUUCUGUACACACAUGCCUACACAAUGCAGCUCACACUCGUACAUAAGCUUAUUACAGCUGGGAAUUUUUUUUUUUUUUUUUUAAUUAAAUUAAAGAGACGUCCUGCUGUAUCUAUGAUCACAAAUCUGCCGUGCUGCGUUCCGUCCACCACAGCUGCAUGUGGGAUCUUUUUUUCUCUCUCCCUUGCAGCAAAAUUAUUUGUCAUCUUCAGGGCUCUUUUUUUUUUUUUUUUUUAAUUAUUAUUUCAGGUGCCUCCUAGUAGUAGCUAAAAAAAAAAAGAACCUUCCAUUAGAAAGUCUUAUGACUUACCAAAGUGUCAUUUAAGAGUCUGUCUGCAGUUUGUGUUUUUAAUUCAGUGAUAUUGGUCUCCUUGUUUGUUUGUUUCAUCUGUUUACAAAAGCAUACUAUAAAUUAAGAAAAUUUACUAUAUUUAAAAAAAAAAAAAAAGUCAGGUUUUUUCCCUCCAAAUGGGACCUUUUUAGGUACAGACCUCAGGAUUCACCUUGCUGAUAAGCACAUGUUAUUGCUGGUUUGUUUUAAUCUCUUUUUUUUUUUUUUUCUUCUUUUCUUACCCACUCCUGUCUCCUGUUAAGGAUUUCUGUCACAGAUUAGGUAUUUAUUAUAUUCUUACGGUAACAUAUCGCCAGCGUCAGUGGCAUUCACAGAAUGAGCAGCGGUUUCAAACAGACUGAACCUUGAAGCGUGUUACAGCGAAGCGUCGUUGCUUUCCAGUGAUAAAAUUAAUAGCUGUAGUGGUGAUAUGUUAAACUGGUGUUUGUGUUGUACUUUUGUCUUCAUAAAUUGUAUGUGCCUUUAGUGAGUGUGGUCUAAAGAUCUAAUGUAGUCACUCAGCACUUGUUCUUGAGCACAAUUGCCGACACAUUGCUGUAGAAUUCGCCAAAUGUGUUUCAGGUCAUCCUUUAUUAGUUUCUUCAAAUUGAAGCUGCCUCACCAAACACAUGUUUUAGUUGUGGUCAGUUUGUCAUCAGCUGGAAGUAACCAGGCCUUAGAUUUAAAAAUCCUUAGUGUCUCAACACGGGCGCUUCCUCGAUACGAGUUAACAGAAGCACAGGGUUCUCUGCUUUAUAUGCUCAUUUGCUUUCUCUGGGAUCAGAAGUCGUCAUUUAAACCAAACUAGUGGGUUGUUUAAACACAAUAGCGUAUUUGUGUAUAUUUCAAUAUACUGCCAUGUAAUAAGCCUAUUAUACUCAAAAAAUGCAAAAUGAGAUUGUUGUAUUUGUUGUUUUUAUUGGGUACCAAAUGUGUCUUUGCUGCUUGUGUUUGGAAAGUUUUGUGUUGAAUGUGAUUUUUAGUACCUGCUUUGUUACCAGUUCAUAUUUAUUUUGAACAGAAGUGAGCUUCUCCGGUGGGGUAAAAUCUUGUUUACCCACUCAGAGGCAGGAAGUGUGUUCUGUGUCUUAUUUGAAUAAAGCCGAGUACAGAAUGUGCUUUGUGUACCCUUAA